AUGACAUUCAGUAAUGGGGGAGAAUUUGACAUCCUCUACCGCAACAGAAAGGAAAUGAAUGUCCCGUCUCCAAGGCCUUGCCAACCCAAUGGAGACAGUGAGGAAGCCCUGCAGAAUGAAAUCGAAGAGCUGAAGCAGAAGGACCUUGCUCUAGACCAGGAAAUCGCACAGUUUUUGUCUGAAGGCUACAGUCUGGAAGAGCUGGAGAAACAUAUCUCUUUACUCCAUGAGUAUAAUGAUAUUAAAGAUGCUGGACAGAUGCUGUUAGGCAAGCUGGCUGUUAUUCGAGGGGUGACCACAAAGCAGCUAUACCCUGAGUAUGAUCUGGAGCUCAGCGACUAGUGUUGAUCCUGAAGACCAUGGUGUCCUGCAAAGACACCUGUUAC